UGAGAGAGGAAAGAAAGAAGUCCAAGCUAGAUCUCAUUUCAAGGAUCUUAACCAAAACAAAGACGCACCAGAAUUACGCACGCUCUCCAGUUUGGAUGCCUCUGCUUCAGCGCGGACUUUUAUUGCCUCUUUGGAAAUGUAGUUUUUUUUCUUGAGGAAAUCUCAAGAAGGCAUUUGUUCUUACUAGUUGAUGAGAGAAGUGAGAGCCGUUGAGGCUCCGUUUCCUGUUUGCCUUCGCUCUGCAGCUGGGCUGAAGAAGCCCCGCAGGGCUGACUGAACACCGGUCCCCCUUCCCCGCGUCAAACCACCGCCAGUCCGCUGCGAAACUCGGCCGAAAAGAAAUGUGCGACCUGAUGCCAGCCUCCCAGCCCGCGGAGAAAAUCGGCAAGAUGAAGAAGUUGAGGAGAACUUUGUCCGAGAGUUUCAGGAGUAUUGCUUUCAAGAAAGAGGACAGCGGCUUUGAUGAGAUAUGUGUCACAAAGAUGUCCACACGCAGCUGCCAGGGAACAGACUCGGUCAUCAAGCCCCUGGACACCAUCCCUGAAGACAAGAAGGUGAGAGUGCAGCGCACGCAGAGCGGCUUCGACCCGUUCGAGAAGCCCGCCAGCCAGGUGAAGAGGGUCCACUCUGAGAACAAUGCCUGCAUCAAUGCCAAGAGCUCGUCCGCCAGCAAGGAGUCGCCCAAACUGCGGCGACACUCCAGCCCCAGUUCUCCUACAAGCCCCAAGUUUGGAAAAGCAGAUUCCUAUGAAAAGCUGGAGAAACUGGGAGAGGGUUCAUAUGCUACAGUUUACAAAGGAAAGAGCAAGGUGAAUGGGAAGCUGGUGGCUCUGAAGGUGAUUCGUCUGCAAGAGGAGGAAGGAACGCCCUUCACAGCCAUAAGAGAAGCAUCUCUUCUGAAAGGCCUGAAGCAUGCCAACAUCGUGCUCCUCCAUGACAUCAUCCACACCAAGGAAACCCUGACUCUGGUCUUCGAAUAUGUGCACACAGACCUGUGUCAGUACAUGGACAAACACCCUGGGGGUCUCCAUCCAGACAAUGUGAAGCUUUUCCUGUUCCAGCUGCUGAGAGGCCUGUCCUACAUCCACCAGAGGUACAUCCUUCACCGCGACCUGAAACCGCAAAACCUGCUCAUCAGCGACACUGGAGAGCUCAAACUCGCUGACUUUGGCCUGGCCAGGGCCAAGUCGGUCCCCAGCCAUACCUACUCCAACGAGGUGGUGACCCUGUGGUACCGGCCUCCAGAUGUCCUGCUGGGAUCCACAGACUACUCCACCUGCCUGGACAUGUGGGGGGUGGGCUGCAUUUUCAUUGAGAUGAUCCAAGGAGUGGCUGCCUUUCCUGGGAUGAAGGACAUCCAGGACCAGCUGGAGAGGAUAUUCCUGGUCAUCGGCACCCCAUCUGAGGAUACUUGGCCUGGAGUUAACUCUUUGCCUCACUUCAAACCAGACCGCUUUACAGUGUACAGUGCGAAGAAGCUCAGACAAGCGUGGAAUAAGUUGGGCUAUGUGGACCAUGCAGAGGAGUUGGCCUCCAGGUUCCUCCAGUGCUUCCCAAAGAACCGGCUGUCAGCCCAGGCAGCUCUGAACCACGAAUACUUCAGCAACCUUCCUCCACGGCUCUGUGAGCUGCAGGACAUGUCUUCUAUCUUCACCGUACCAAAUGUCAAGCUGCAGACAGAGAGCGGGGACAGCAUACAGGUGUGUGCACGAAGGAACAGUCAUGGAAAGGCAUCCUCUGGCAGCAAACACUGACCUGAGGCAGCAUCCUGCACAUGACUGCCUGACAGGUGGCUGUUCUGUAAAAAAAAAAAAAAAAUACAAGAUGAAGACAAGAUGCUGAGAUGGAGGAUCCAGACGAAUGAAAGAGCCCCAGUUCUCUUUAUUUAUUACCUUCACAAUAUGUGCGCGUGUGCGUGUGUGUGUGUGUACAUGAGAAAGAGAGUGAGCAUUGAGUAUAGUUAUGAAUGCAUGUGUGCAUUAUGAAAGGUACCUAAGAUUUCAGGCUAUCAUUUGUUUACUUUUUAUAAUGUUCCAAUAACUCAUAUAUCAUUGUCACAGUAUAAACAAAAGGACUUUACUAUUGGUACAUAUUGUGUUUUGUGUUUGUAACUAGCCUCCUAUUUAAGAAUGUAUAUUUGUAUGUAUGAUAUACUCAUCUAGAAACUAUAUAAUGGACAGUUUUAAUAUUGUUUCGUCUUCUCACCACCACACUGCUCUUGCAAAGACACAUAACUCAACAAACACAUACUGGAGCCAUGCAUACAAGCAAAUCUGUAUCUAUAAAACAAAAACAAUGCUCUCAGUUCAGAAGGAAAAAAAUUGUCCUAAAGACUUUCAUUUCUUUUUAACCAGGUUCAACUAGAAUUUGUGGAAGCGCAGACAACAAUAAUAUCAAAAGUGGAAGCAGGGCUCCAGACUAACUUUUUUCACCUCCGUCCCUGAACCGUCCUGAAAAACAAUUUGAACCGUCCUGAAGUCGGGACACCUUUUUACCUCGAUGAUAAAUUAUUUAAUUUCAAUUCGGUUAUAAACUCCUAGACAUUGUUUCAGCAGGUUUUCUGCUCAUGUUCAAAGCAUUCUGCAUAUUCAGAAUCUCACAUAUCUUUGUUCUCUUAAAUGUCCAGAAGAAAAUCGUAAUAAUGACUAACAUCAUUAUUUAAUGAGAAUUCACAAUAUUUUUAAAAGGUCUACCUGACCUAUACUCUGCUCCCCUUCAGACUCUACUGAAUGAAACAAGUGCACUGCACUUCGUCGGAGGUAAAAACCAAAACCAACACUGCCAAUCACGCAGACAUCUCAGCGCAAAUCCUCAUAUUGACUUCUGCCGCUCACAGUCCCAAACAGAGCCAGAUUGUGCUUCAGGUUAUAGAUGUUUAAUGCAAAACUCUACCAGCAAGUCUGCUAGUCGAUGUUUUCACAAUAUAGAUUUGUUUUUCACUGCGUGAGAAGAUUGGUGUGUAGCGCUUAACGCUAGCCUACACUGUGCAAUUGAGAGAUCAGCAAGCUGUUUGUCACUGAGAGAAUCAAUGGACCUGUACCGCGGGAACAGGUGAGCAGCCAGCCUCCUGUGUGAAUCCGGCAUGACUUUCGUAACAGCAUGAGAAGACGGCCUCCGUUGUAGUCAGCACUCGGUCGGUUUAGUUUAUCAUUUGCUAAGUGAUCGUAAUAAAUAAACACACACACACGAUCCCUUUCGUCCUAGAGGCGUCCUACAGAAUAUUUGUCUUUGUCCCAAACACAUUUUCAUCCCCAGGAUGACAGGACGCAGUUAGUCUCAAGCCAUGGCUUUCAGGUGCUGUAACACAUCCUCUGGUAGCCAUAUUGGAGGUCCGUGGUUCUUUGACAGCUACUUUUAUGUUAAAUGUACAACUCUCCUGACUCUGCAGUUAAGACGUGGUUAACUUGCAUCUAUUUUAAAGGUUGAAAUUAUUAUUUAAUUAAUGGUACAUGUAGCUGAUUUUGUGCUAUCAUAAUGUAAACUUGUUAGCUGACUAACUGUGGUAACUCACCAUUUUGGUCUGAUUUAAACACUAAAGCGCACAUAUAGUAGGAAGUAGGAAACAGGAGGUGAGCAGUUGUAUUUCUCUCCUCAUCUGCCGGCCUGGGUGGGUUAAGGUUGCACAUUUCCACAUGUUCAAAGGGCAUGCAUUUUUCAGAGCCUUAUUUUUAUAGUUUUUGGCUAUCAUUUAUCAGACUUUUUCACUCACAAAUAGCAUUGCUGAGAUCUUCAUUGUAAAACCGUGUGCAUUAAUUACUAAUAGAUAAAAGUUGAGGCAAGUUAAGGCUGGUACGUACUAAAGAGAUAAAAUAUUUUGGCACAUGCACAGAGCGCCAUCAUAAUACAUCCAUAAGCUAAUAAUGCUCACAUUUGCCUUUGUUUUUUUUCUUCAAAAUAAUUUAGUUUAGACUGUUAUAAUAUUUGCAAUGUAAUAGAGUAUUAUAGCGGACUCAAUAUUUGCAUUGCGAAAUAAAAUUUUGCGAGUAAACUGUUAUCAUAACCCUUAAGAAUGAUGGCCAAAACUGCAAAAGUAAGACCCUGGUUGUAGAAUACUUGUAAUAAGGAUUCUUAAUGUUUCCAAUGGACCUCCAUGUAACCAGACCUGCCUGAUAUGAGUUUUGUGUUGCAGCUGAAAUGCCGCUCUAACAUAAAAAAUAUCUGCUGAUGAUGAGAUGUUGACGGUGCACACGUAACAUAACACAUAACAACAGGGAGAGCACGAACCAGUGUGUGUUAGAAUAUACAGUACGCAAUACCGUAAUUGACAAAAACUGUAAGUGUGUGUGUCUGAUAGAGAUUUGUAUGUGUGCUAGUGUGCAUGAGUGUAUAAAAACAUGGGCAAUAGCUAAGCAUUGGUGCUUCCAUCCUUGCAUAUGAGCUAAUGUACAAAAAAAGGUAGAACACCAAUAGGCUGUGUGGCUUAUUGUUUGAUCUGGCCCAAGACAAUCCUCCCUUUCACUUUAUCUAAUAUUAUCAAAGGUUCGGCAAUAUUCUGUUUGUUCAGUUCAUGAGUCAAAUGUGAAGACUUAUUUGGAGCUUUCCUUAUCAGACAAAUUAAGCAAGUGAAUGGAGUGAGUCCUUUGCGGUGUGUGAUAGUGUGUGUGCAGUAUGUGAAAUGUAGGUGCUCAUGAUCUAUGAGUCCCUUCAUCACCAACUUGUGCUCUCGUGCAUGGACGUCCCCCAUAUGUGUGCCCCUCAACAUGUUCUAAAUGUUUUGGAACUUUUUAUGACACCGUGACAAAGGUCAGCUGUAUAACAGUAUCAUCUGCAAAGAUGUUGAUACUGCAUUUUGCUCUUUCUUUUGAUGUUGUGUGAAAUUAUCUGAAUAUUAUUGCAGUUUAGACGUUUGGUGACAAUUGUGAAGUACUAUCAAUACAAUGGCUUCCUCUUAGAUUUCAAUCGGUUUGAAAUCAACUGAAACAAUAAUAUUGGCCCUGCACUGUUGAUUAACCGAAGAGAUGAGGCUGCAAAUGUGACACCAUGAAGAGUUGGAAACUGUGGAUAUUUAUCAUGUCGGCCACUUAAACACACACACACACACACUCAUAUUUACAAUAUAGAUGUCUUGCCUGCUAGGAUAAACUUCCCACACCCAUCUAGUCCUAUCAGCUACAGUACAGUAUAAACCUGCAGCCCCUUCAUGUCCCCCUCCAGAUGGUCUGUCACAUUUAAGAAUAGGGUUUUUAACCUGCAAAGAGUUUGUGGGAAGCAGUGUUUUUUGUUGUAAUUUUUUUUUGGGGGGGGGGGGGUUGUUUUGGAU